GUAAAUUUCACAAUUAUUUAAAAAGAAAUUGCAAGCGACACAUUGAUUUUUUAAUAAUCCUUUUUACAGUGUAGGUUUGUAAAUAAUGAGGAUAAUGUAUAUAAAUAACAGAAAUUUCAUUUUUGGGUGAACUAUCUCUUUAAGAAGAAUGACUCAUCAGUGACUCAUAGGCUCAAAAUAUUACAUUCAAAUAUUUCUUUAGUGUCUUAAUCUAAUUUAAAUAUAAGUUAACAUGCAAAACAGAAUUUGUGUCAGACAAAUGUAAAUUAUGCCUAUGAUUAGACCAUUGCAACAGAAUUCAGGAAAUGCUAAUUUACCAAAUUUUUUAAAUAUAUCUCAAGCUUGGAGAACUCCACUGAUUUAACAGAAGUUCAGCUCUCACCUUCAUUUUGAAGUCUUUGUUUACAAGUGGAAGCUCAAUGGUGCUGCAGUCUUUGCCAGUUUUUGGUUUUGGGAUGGUGCAUUACUUUGUAAGAGUGUCAUUUUGCCUGAUAAUUGGGCUUGUUGGUUGCGUUGCACCAAUAAAACCUUCUUGUUCCUUUCUGGAACAAAUGGGGAAUACUGUUAUCUCUACAUCCUUCUGAUAAGUAUAGGAUAAGGCGAGAAGAUAAGUUCUGUUCAAGGAGGUGAGGAGUCUUGGCCAAGGCUCCUCCCUUGUCUUAGAAGAUGACAAAUCAGCAUUCUGAAGAGAUGGUCAACCUAAGGCUGCCUUCAGUUCUCUCUCCAAGAGACACUGUCCCAGGACGACUUUAAGUAGAGAGAGCCAGGCAGGGAUGAAGUUUUCACCUACUCCUCUUCCUAAAUCCUUGUUGGACAUGGAUGUAGCCAAUUACUGCGAGGGCCUGGACCCUACCUAUAGCACAUUGGGCUUUGAGAACUCAGAAGUGCUUUAUUGUGGUGAAAACAUGCCGACAGAGCCAGACAUCAGUCAAGGAGAAAAUGGCGUGAGCUCCAACUGCGCAAUCUGUGGCGAUAAAGCCACAGGUAAACAUUAUGGUGCCUCCAGCUGUGAUGGCUGCAAAGGAUUCUUCCGCCGGAGCAUCCGGAAAAGUCAUGUCUACUCUUGCAGGUUUAACCGUCAGUGUGUUGUUGAUAAAGACAAAAGGAAUCAGUGCCGUUUCUGCAGACUUCACAAAUGCUUUCGAGCUGGAAUGAAGAAAGAAGCUGUGCAAAAUGAACGGGACCGUAUCAGCUCGAGGAGGACCAUGCAAGACUCCCAUGACCUGCCGCCAAUCACUGCCCUGGCUCACGCUGAAGCUCUCUCGCAGCAGCAGAUCAGCCCAAUGGGCCCUGCUGAUGUUUCAGAGAAAAAAUCAGCCACUAUCAGUGACGUCUGUGAAUCUAUGAAGCAACAGCUGCUUGUUCUGGUAGAGUGGGCUAAAUACAUCCCAGCCUUCGGCGAAUUGCCACUUGAUGACCAGGUUAGUUUAUUAAGAGCUCAUGCCGGAGAGCAUCUUCUGCUCGGUGUGGCUAAAAGGUCAAUGCCAUACAAAGAUCUCUUGCUUCUAGGAAAUGGGUGCGUUGUCCAUCGAAACUGCCCAGAGCCAGAAAUCAGUCGCGUAUCUAACCGAGUCUUGGAUGAACUGGUUCUACCCUUCCAGGACAUCCAAAUUGAUGACAAUGAAUACGCAGCUCUAAAGGCAAUUGUGUUCUUCGACCCUGACGCCAAAAGCUUAAGAGAUCCUUCCAAGAUCAAGGCAAUGCGCUAUCAGGUUCAAAUGAGUCUGGAAGACUACAUUAAUGACCGGCAGUAUGACUCGCGUGGGCGAUUCGGGGAGCUUUUGCUGCUUCUUCCUACUCUGCAAAGCAUCACCUGGCAGAUGAUUGAGCAGCUACAGUUUAUCAAGCUUUUCGGUCUCGCCAAGAUAGAUAACCUGCUGCAGGAGAUGCUUCUUGGGGGUCUAACCACGGAGCAACCUCAUUUACAUCACAAUGGUCACCCUCAGAUUCCAAUAAUGGGACAGACCCUAGUCAUUAGCUCCAUCCCAGGACCUGCACACUCACAGCAGAUGGCAUCCCCAGAUACCCCCAUUCCAUCUCCCACUUCAGUACAGGAGGUGUACAAGCCCCCCGGCAGCCCGAAUCUCUUGCUCCUGCCACAGCCCAUGCCAAACAGACCCUCUCCCGAGCAUCCUCUUUGAGCCUCCUCUCUGCUGCGGGCCCUGUGCGUUUGUACAGUGUAUGUGUAAACUGUGUGAAUUAUGCCAUUCCCACAUCCAGCGCAACAUAUUUAUCUGAUCGAAAGAGAAUUUUGCACGAAAAAAAAAAUCACAUUUAUUGUCUAAGUGGUUCACCCCUAACUGAAAAAGGUAUUUCAUCAAAAAUUUAUUUCUCCUUGUAUCAGCCUACAGCUGGUAACCUAUAGUAAAUAUAGACAAAUGUAUAUUAGUUUUUAAUAAAUUAUUGUUAGUUUAAAAGAGGCUUAUCAACAUUUUUUUGUAUUAAUAAAAACUCAAGAUUUAAUUUAUUAAUAAAAAUAUACUAUGCAACUCUAAAGAAAAGUAAAAUUUUGCUUGAAAUGUGCCCUUAAACACAAUAAAUGCUCUUAGUGCCUGA